AGAUUCAUCUCGUCAGAUGCUAUGAGGUUCAGAGGUCAGUGUGAUUACAAAAUGGUUGCUCUAAUGAAUGGAAAGAAUGGAUCUGUUCCAUUAAACGGCAAAAUGAAUGGAAUGCACAACAAAACGAAUGGGUUUUCGAAGAAUGGAUCUGUUCAUAAGUCGCACACAACCAUUGACGAAGGAUGGAAGAAAGAUUACUGGGAAUCGUUUGAGGAGACGCCAUUGCUCGCGGCAAUUUUCACAUACAUCUGCUAUGGUCUUGUUGUGUUAAUUGGACACAUUCGUGACUUCAUGAACAACAUGGGUCUACUGAAGGUCAAUACAAGUUUAGAGCCAAGGAUUCCGGGUUUUGUACCGCUGUUCUCCACAUGGGAGAGUUUCUACACGCGCCAUGUGUUCCGCCGUGUGUCUGAUGUGCUGUGCAAGCCAGUGGGAGGAGUACCGGCUGCAAGGAUGGACCUUGUGUAUCGGGAGACACAUGACUAUGGCUGGACCUAUGAGCUGAAUAAAGAUCGCAUUGACACGGUUUUGAACAUGGGCUCAUACAACUACCUGGGCUUUUCGGAGAACAAGGGCCCAUGUAAAGACAAUGCCGCAAGAGUCACCAAAGACUACGGAAUCAGUACUUUCGGAAGCAGACAAGAGCUGGGUAUUCUAGAUAUUCACAAACAGUUGGAUGACCUCGUAGCCGAGUUUCUAGGGGUCGAGGCGGCCAUUACUGUCCCAAUGGGCUUUGCAACUAACAGCAUGAACAUGCCAUGUCUCGUCAGCAAGGGUUGUCUGAUCUUGAGUGACGAGCUGAACCAUGCCUCCCUUGUGCUGGGUAGCCGCCUCACGGGUGCAACCAUCAAGACAUUCAAACACAACAACAUGCAGAGCCUUGAGAAGCGCCUGCGUGAUGCAGUGAUCCACGGUAAGCCACGCACUCACAGGCCAUGGAAGAAGAUCCUGAUUGUAGUAGAAGGAGUAUACAGCAUGGAAGGUUCAAUUGUGAAGCUACCAGAGAUCAUUCGACUCAAGAAACUCUACAAGGCAUAUCUUUACCUCGACGAGGCCCAUAGCAUAGGGGCCAUGGGGCCAAGAGGUCGUGGGGUCGUCGACUACUUCGGACUCGACCCUAAGGAGAUCGACAUUAUGAUGGGGACAUUCACCAAAAGCUUUGGGUCCGCUGGCGGCUAUAUUGGGGGCUCCAAGCGUCUGAUCAACCACCUGCGGGUGAACUCCCACGUGUCUGUCUACGCGCCCACUAUGCCCCCUCCCAUUGCACAGCAAGUGAUCACCUCCAUGACCAUCAUCAUGGGAAAGGACGGAACUAACGAAGGCAAGAAGAGGAUCCAACAGUUGAAGUGGAACUGCCGCUAUUUCCGGCGCAACCUUCACGAGCGGGGCUACAUAAUCUAUGGCAACAAGGACUCGCCAGUUGUGCCACUGCUGCUGUUUAUGCCAACCAAACUAGCAGCGUUCAGUCGUGAGUGUGUGAGGCGUGGUCUUGGUGUGGUUGUGGUUGGCUUUCCCGCGACCCCCAUCACGAAGACUCGCGCCAGGUUCUGUCUGUCCGCUGCACACACUAAGGCGGACAUUGAUGAGGCCUUGAAGAUCAUAGAAGAAGUUGGGGAUCUGAUUCGCCUACGCUACUCCAAGAUGCCUGUACCAUCAUUCUCUGAGAAGGACAUUGAACUGGUUGAGUAAACACAGGAGGACUAGUUGUUCUUGCAGAGAUAACAAAACAGUUGGACUCUUAUGUGACUAUCAAAAGUUUGCAAUAUCAGCUUUUAUCUUGCCAGAUCGACCUGAAGCAAUCUGAACAAAUCCAAAAUAUCAGGGGCAUUUAGUUAACGUAGAUUGUGUAACCAUGUGACAUCUUAAAGUUGAAAAACCAUUAAUAAUAACCAAAUGUUAAUUGCAAAUAUUAAUGUUAUUUGUUUUUUUGUUGCAUUUAUUUUUGUAAACAAAUUUCGUAAAAAGGUUUGUAGAAAGUCAACAAAAAUUUGAUUGCUGAGAUGUUUUUAUUUUAUUACUAUUUAAGCCUUGUCAUCAUGUAAAAAUCAAGAGUUAUUGCUUAUAAUGUUUGCUAUUUAAGACUGAAUAAUCAAUAAUGUUAAAAAACAUAGUUUUGUAAGUAUCCCAAUUAAUCUUUUAAUAACAAUGUAGUUUUGUGUUUUGUGUUGUGAAAGUUUUUGUAUUUUAAAUGUUUACAUGUAAAAAAAAAUUUUGGAAUAUUUCCCAAUUAUUUAUGUUUUAGUCUGUGUCUCUUUUAAUGUGUUCUUUUUAGUAUCAAAUGAGCAAAUUCCAUAGCGAUAUGACUGUAAAUAGUGUCUGGGACACAAUUACCAGAAACCUUUUGACUAUUUAAGACAUUAAAAACUCCACUAAGGGCCUUAUGAAAGAAUUGUGACCAUCUCUAUUAUUUACAAUUGAAUAUUGAUACCAACAUUUAACUUCUUGUUUGAUACUGUUAAUUGAUUUGACUCUAAUUUAAAAUUGAAGCAAUUAUAUUAAUUACAUCAGUUUUGGUCCUUUACAUUUAUAUUGAUACAUUAUGUUUAGUGACUACAUCCAAGCUACAUUAUUAGUGGCUAACAAUGUCAUUUAAUGGUCACACAUAAGAUAUUGUUUUCACUAAUCCUUAUCUUAACUCAAGAUUAACCAUUAAGCUAAUAAAUGCAAACCCUGAUUUUAACACUUUCUUUUUUAAUGGUAAUCAUGAAAAUGAGUUCCUUACCAAAUACUUUCUUUAUAUCACAACAUCGGUAGAUCAUGUCAAACCAAAAAGCUGCAACAAAAUAACUUUAUGAGAACUGUGUUGUUUUUUCUGUAUGUUUUGCAAAUGUUGCUUAAUGCAUUACAUAUGUACUAGUUUUAGAUUUUAAUGUGUGUAUAUAUACAUAUAUAUGUAUGCUUAUAAUAUGUCUGUAAUCAAAUAUGUUAAUCUCAGGCGAACUUUUAACUUUUUCUCAUAAAUUUAAGAUAUAUUUCUAUCAAAAAAUGAUUAUGUUGUAACCCUUAUAAUAAACCUUUAAGUAAUUGUUUUUCCAUCCAAUUUUUUUUUGGAUCAGAGUUAGUUUUACUAUUCAUUUUCAUACAGUACUUGUUGUUUACACAUAGAAUGAAAACGGGGACAAUAUUAGUUACUUUUUUAAACAUUUUGUUUAUCAGUGUGGCAUAUGUGAGUCACUAUCUUUGCUAAUGUACCUGAAUUAUCGGUGGUUUCAGCAUCUUGAAUGGGUGCCCAAUAACUUUGUGGUAACUGAGGUGUCAUAUUAUUGAUAUUAUACAGUGAUAUGACAUCUUGUGGCCAACAUAGUUAACCUGAAUGACAGAUGCAUGGAACAAGCGCCAUCGAGUAAUUGAUUGUGGUUUCUAUUUUCUCUAAGUGUAUGUUUUUAUUCAUUCAGUUAUGUGUUAAUGCUAGUCAUUGUUACUUGGAUUUUGUUUCUUUUUAAAGUAUUUUCUACUCAGAAUUUUACUUUGUUGGAUGUUUUAUUUUUUUAAACACAGUAACAGUACCAAAUGACACACAAUCGUCUUUUAUUUUAGGCGGUUAUGAUUGGCAAGGGAUUCAGUACAGAUUGCCAUGUGACAUGGUUUUUACAUCAGAAAAAAGUUUAUAAAACACAAAUACAGGCAGGCACAUUGUCUUGAGCGGCCAUGGUUUCUUAACAAGGUUGAAUUGACAAGCCCUUAUUCAGAUGUCAGAUGCCUUGUGUCAAAUAUAGCCAUCAUGGCUGAAUGACGGACAUGUGCUUCAAGUUUGCUUGUAAAUACCAACAAUUAGCAUUUGAAUUUUUAUCAAAAGUAACUAAGCAUCAUUGAAAUGAUUAUCCAGGUUGGUGCAUGAUAAACAGAAGCCUCUUUUUCUCAAUAUUUGCACAAAAUAUAUUUAAAAUAUUUAUCCUAGACAUUGUUAGGAUAUUUAUCAUUUUCAAAGAAAACCACUGAAUUUAAGUAGCUGAGUGUCUGUUUUUCUGCUUGCAAAGAUUUGGUUUGUCUAUUUGGAUAUGAAUAAAAUAAUGUAUUUAGAUUUGUCUGCAGUCAUUAUGUUGUUUUUUUUUCAAUAGUUGUAUUUGUUCUCCAAUACAUCAGUUACAGUUGUGUACAUGUGUGCCUAUGACCAAACAAUUUUGCUCAGCAAUAGAGUAUGUAGCAAUAGUGCUGAUACCUUCUUAUACCCCAGCAUACCAUAGUUUUGGGAUAAUCAUUUGUUACCAUUUAGCCAGUAAUUUCUUUUAUAAUACAUAUACCAAAGUAUGCGCUUAUAUAUUUUAUGGUAGCUGAAAUUAUGUAUAAACACAAGUACAGGGUGUUGCAAAUUUUCAAUUUCACCUUAUUUCAAACAAUUAUUUAUUAAGAUAGCACAUUAAACUUAAUAACAUUAAUUGGUCUAAUAAUACCAUUAACAAACAUAUGGUAUGUAUAUUUGCAUAACAAAAUUAUAGCGCCCACCACCUUUUAAAGGGAUCUUUUCACGUUUUGGUAAAUUGACAAAAUUGAAAAAAGGUGUUUCAGAUUCGCAAAUUUUCAUUGUAGUUAUGAUAUUUGUGAGGAAACAGUAAUACUGAACAUUUACCAUGGUCUAAUAUAGCCAUAAUAUGCAUCUUUUGACAAUUUAAAAACCUGAAAAUUAUAAAGCGUUGCAACGCGAAAAUAUUGAAUAAUUUGGAGAGUUCUGUUGUUGUCGUUUAAUUUUGUGAAACUACGAAGAUUGCUUAUAUAAAGUAUAAAAUACGUCUCUCAUAGAUACUUGGCAGGAUGGCCAAGUGGUCUAAUUCGUUUUUACAUCAGGACUCCGGGGGUCACUGGUUCGAGCCCUGCUGCGGGCUACUUUUUUAAAAAUUUUAUUCUUGAUUUUUUACUGGAGCUUUUUAGAUCCAAUGUUAAUAUUUAUCAAUAUAAAGCAUUUAAUGACAAACUUCAAAACAUGCCCAAAUCUGUGAAAAGGCCCCUUUAAAGAUUUAAUAACAUCAAGCGUUGGAAAUGCAAUCAAUUUGACUUCACCACAUGCAGUCUCUUCACAGAAUUGUUGAUCAUGUAAUUGCCAAAAAAUAUAUUGUACGAGUCUUACUAGCAGUGAAAUUCCAAACCAUAUAUUGUACCAAAGAUUUUCUUCAAUAUUGUUUAGUACAUGUGCAAUUAUGUCAUAAUGACUAUACCGUUGUGACCAGAUAUGUCAUUAUUGUAACAAAAAUCCCCAUUUUGUCUUCACUAUUUUAUUUAAUGGAAAGAGUAGAUACUAGUAAUAGGUUUUAAUAGAUAACUAGUGCUUUGUAUUGUAAUCGGUUUUGUUGUCAUUUCGUUUUUCAAAAAACAUCUUCCCAUUUUGCUUAUUUUUAUACUUUUGCAUUGGCAUAUUUAACAUAAGUUUGUAUUGCUAGAUAGUCAUUUGAAGUGGUAAUAUAUCAUGGGUUGGUCUGUGGUGUUAUAUCUGUUGUGUGGACAAUAAAUAAAUCUUAAUUUGUGGA